AUGCCGCCCAAGGGUAGGAAAGCGCCAAGGGCAGAUGUCGACAAGAUGCGCGACCAACUCUCUGUCUACAGCGAGGAGAACGUCAUGAAGAAGGUCGAGGAGCGCGUCGACAGCAAUCCGGAAUUAAUUUCGAAGGCGAUCGAAGUGGUUCAGAUGCUGGAGUCCUGCAACAAGUACGGCAAGCUGGACGUGAUCUACCAGAAGGAGCUGCUGUCAAGCCUGUACCCAACGUGGAGGGACUGGAUCACAUCGGUACGUGCAACAAAGAAAGACUUCAACAGCCUCUUCAAACUCCUCGCGGGCAUAGCUCCCGAAUGUGCACUCCCCUCCAGAUCCAAGGCCAGCAUCUGCUCGGAAGUCACAGUCGGCCCGCCAUGGAUGAACAAGCUCCUUGAAAAGGGCUGCCCAGAUGAAACCAGCACCGCGAACCUCCCUCAAGAGUUUUGGAAGGCGUAUGGUUGGUGGUACAUUUCCGAGGGGCCCAACAACAGCGGCUUUUCGAUCACCCAUAUCUCCGGGAAGACGAAGCGGGUUCCUCAAGAGAUGCAGAUCUUCCAACUGGAAUUGAAAAAUCCCGGCGACCUGGAAAACUGCCAAGUCGGGGAAGGUCGCAUCUGGGUCAACGUGCUGAGUCUCUUCCUGGAGGCAGAGCAGGAUACGCUGGACAUGCCCAAGCUUCGAAAAGAGAUGCCGCGG